AAAAGUACGACAAAAAUGUCCGAAAACGGUGAUCGAGAAGGACCGAAGAGUUCAUUCACCACCUAUAUGGCAGAAGGAGAGCAGCUGUUUCAUAAGGGACAGAAUGCCAAAGCCAUUGAGAGCUUUUCUACGGCUUUGAGUUUGCAGCCGGAUGAUAAGACCUGUCUGGUCGCCAGGUCCAGGUGUUAUGUGAAACUAGGCGAUGCAGAGAACGCGCUGAGAGAUGCCGAGACUUCACUCAAAGAUAACAAAGACUUUUUUAAGGGUCUGUAUCAGAAGGCAGUGGCCCUGUAUACUAUGGGUGAUUUUGAGUUUGCUUUGGUCUACUAUCACAGAGGCCAUAAGUUACGACCAGAUCUGCAAGAGUUCAGGCUGGGAAUCCAGAAAGCUCAAGAGGCCAUUUACAAUUCAGUGGGCAGUAAGUCUUUAGAAAAACCACACACAACAUGCUCGAAAACUGCAGAGAAUUACUUCUUGAUUUCAAAAUACAUCAACAAUCUCUCUCACGAUAACCCAAAAGGUCCUUCCUCUGUGAAGCUACAGACUAAAGGAGACAAGCAUAAUGGGGUUCAUCCCAUACAUCAGAUUAAUCCUCGUAAGAAGGAACCCAAACCGCAUGGCUGGAAAAUAGCCAAAAGUGAAAAAACAACCAAGCAGCUUUUGGGAGAGCUGUACAGCGACAAAGAAUACUUAGAAAAACUUCUCCAGGAUGAGGAUCUCAUUAAAGGUAAGAUACGCACUGGAGAGCACGUGCAGGAUCUGAUCGAAGGUUGUAUCUCAUAUCUGGACACCCGGACGGAGUUCUGGAGGCAGCAGAAGCCCAUCUACGCACGCCAGCGGGAGAGAAAACUGAUGCAGCAACAAUGGAACAGUGCCCUGCACAAGCCCCCCUCGGACCCCACCUACUAUGUCCUUGCCAGCCUGGAGGAGAUCGAUGCAGGCUUAAGUGCAGGCAAUCCAGAGAAGAGCCUGAAAAAGUCCCGUGAGGUAUUAAAGGCAGUGCACGGGUGGUCAGAAGAGGUCCUGCCCAAUAAAAGAGAAGUGCUUGGGAAUCUGCACAGCUGCAUUGGCAAUGCCCUGAUGGAUCUUGGGAAUAUGGACAAGGCUUUGAAUCAUCAUAAGAAGGACCUGGAGCUGGCAAGGCAAGGCGACCUGACGGACAGCAAAUCCAGAGCUCUGGACAACAUCGGGCGUGUAUACGCACGCAUUGGCAAGUUUGAGCAGGCCAUAGAGGUCUGGGAGAAGAAGGUACCUCUAGCGUGUGGUGGAUUGGAGAAAGCCUGGUUGUUUCAUGAGAUCGGCCGCUGUUACCUGGAGCUGAAGCGUUACACUGAGGCGAGAUGCUAUGGAUUGCACUCUUUUGAGGCCGCUGAUGACAUCGGCGAUGAGAAAUGGCAGCUCAACGCGAGUGUGCUCGUGGCACAGGCAGAAUUAAAGCUGGGUAAUUACAAGGCUAGUGUUGUAAACUUCGAGAAGGCACUAGACCGGGCAAAACUGCUGCAGGAUGACUCUGCCAGAGAAGCCAUCCAGAAGGCUCUCCGGGAGUGCUCACUGCUCGGUCAGGCGGGGUUUCUGCGCAGCUCAGGAGAAACGUGGAAUUUGGCUGGACAAACAGCCUGCUGUAUAGCAAUGGAAGCCGAACAGAAUCAGGAAGUUCCAGCGGCUGUUGCUGAGACACAGGAAGUGGCGACAGAGCAAAAGAAAGAGGAGCCUAAAUCUGAAGAAAUGGCUGCGGCACCUUUAGAAACAGCCCCUGAGCAGGAGGCGCCAGAGAAGACCCCAGCGAUAGAGCAUUGUGCUGCAGACGUGCCAGAAAAGGACAAAGUGACAGAAUCUGAAGUGAAACUUGAAGUGGCUCCAGAGAAAACUCCAGCUGCUGGGAAACCUGAGGUGGAAGAAUCUGCACCGAAAUCACCCGAGCCAGAAAAGCAGGUAUCUAAUGCAGAACCACAAGUGAAUUCUGAACCUGAGAAACAGGAGGAAGAAGCCGUGAAAGAGGUGGAAGCUAAGCAAAAGGAGGAGCCUGCUAAAGAGGCACAAUCCAAACCCGCUGCUGUGGAUGAAGAGCUUGAUAAAGGUGGGGAGACGAAGAAAGAGGAAGAAAAGGUACAAGCAUCAGAGGGAGCUGAAGCUGAGGUUCCAAAAGAGGCAGAGAUUGAGCAGAAAGAACAAGGGCUGCCUCUGUUCUUUGGCUGGUUUCUGCUUCCAGAGGAAGAGGAGCGGAUAAAGUGUGCCACCAUGGACUUUCUCAAGACACUGGACACUCUGGACGCCUUCAAACAACACAUCAGUGAAUUUACUGGCGAGGCAGAGAAAGAAGUUGAUCUUGAGCAGUACUUUCAGACUACAGCUCCUCUCCAUUGCACUACAAAGUUUUGUGACUACGGCAAGGCUGAGGGGGCAGAGGAAUAUGCAGAGCUACAGGUGGUCAAAGAUUCUUUCGAUAAGUCUGAUGAGAUUUCCGUCACUGCUCUCAUAGUGACCCCUCGCACGUUUGGGGCGCGUGUGGCAUUGACCGAAACGCAGAUGAAGCUGUGGCCUGAAGGGGGAGACAAAACCGGGGCUCCCGAAGCCCUUCUGCCCAGCAUUGAGGCUCUCCCAGCCGGCAGCCGCGCCCACGUCACGUUAGGCUGCUCAGCAGGUGUGGAAGCCGUUCAGACCGGUAUCGAUCUGCUGGAGAUCCUGGCUCUGCAGAAAGAGGGUAAGGAGGGCACCCAAGUUGAGAUGGAGCUGGGUACAUUGUCUUACCUCGGUGAGGGCCGUUGGUUCCUCGCCCUGAGGGAAGCAAUUACAGCAGACACCAAAUUCUCUAGCUUCUCCGAAGACAAACCUACCAAUGACCAGGGCAAAAAGGACGGAGACAAGAAGAAGAAAAAGUGUACCAUUCUGUGAGCGAAGCGAAGAGAAGAGAAGAGAGGGGAAGAGGAAGAGACAUUUCCUGAGGGCCCUAGCUGUGAAUGAUGUCAAUUUUUGCAUGCGUGUAGGUGAAAUGCGUGUGGGUUUUGCAGCUUUAGUGUAUGCACGGGGAUGGCUUGAGAUGAUUUGGCCAGCGGUGUGACACCAGACGUUCCAAAGCAGCCUGCUGGUGCCUUUUCCUUUGCCUGGCAACACGAGCUCAGAGGCCUUUGUAUCUGCCUUAAGGUUACGGAUCACUUUGCUGGAUUCACUCUGCGUUAGGUGCUAGUUCAUGUGGCUUUGGCCACCACACCAUCCCCGUGUUCCCUUUACACAAGUGCAUUCACGAAUGGUCUUCCCUACACUUGACAUUAUUAUAGAGCACUUAGAUUUAGCACAACUUUGCUGGUUUAAAUAAACUGCUUGUAGUCGAUUCUUGUAUUCAGACUCGGUUUGAGACUUUCUUUGUAAUAUUAGAAGAUUUAGACACCUUUUAGAUCUUCUAACUCUGAGGAAAAACAAUCGGUAGUUUUGAUUGUUCAUCAAAGGGACUUUGCUAGGGUUUAGAGUGUGACUCUGUUAGUUUAGCGUGUUAUUUUUCACUGUCCCCCACUCUCUUCUGCUUUUGUGGGGCUGGUACGAUGAAAAAUAAAAAAUACACGCUGCACCGUUGUUAUCUCGAAUCACUGAUAUUGUCUGUUCUGAUUGUCUUUUCCGAGUCUGUGCGUGCAUGCCAACAUUUUUACAUUGUUUUCUUCUUUGCAAUCACAUAAAAUUCACCAAGGUUUUUUUCUAAUCAAAUAAUGCUGCAUACAUUCUGUGGGAUGGUUUUGUGUCUGAAUGUUCUCUCUCUGAGCUUUCUUCCAAUUUACAGUGUUGUCAAACCAGUGUAGCCCAUAUUUCUGAUUAGAUUAGUGGAUUAGUUGAUACAAUCAGCUCCUUCAUAAAACAAGUGUAUUCACAUGCGCUAGUACAUUUACUCUCUCUCUUUCAUAUCAGUUCUGCAAAAUGUGCGCUCUAAAUACUGUGACAAGCAUCGAUCUGGUGCCUUCCUUAUCUGUAGCUUUGUAGAUGGCUGAAGCCAUGCUUAUCUUGGGUCUCUGAUAUCAAGGCGCUAUAUUUUUGCACUUGCCAUGUUUUUCAUUUGUUUUUGUACACUUAAUAAAGAAUGUGCUUGGCUCUGA